GCCGGCGGGCGGCGGGAGAUGCUGGAGGUUCGCGAGCCGAGGCGGCUGCAGCUGCGCCGCUCUGCCCGGUGCCCGGAGCGGAUCCUGCCCGGCGCCCCGCGGAGCCCGCCAUCCCCUGCUGACACCGACCGGCGCUGCAGCUCAGGGCCUGGCAAUGCCGUUUGGGUGUGUGACUCUGGGCGACAAGAAGAACUAUAACCAGCCGUCGGAGGUGACUGACAGAUAUGACUUGGGACAGGUCAUCAAGACCGAGGAGUUCUGUGAGAUCUUCCGGGCCAAGGACAAGACGACGGGCAAACUGCACACCUGCAAGAAGUUCCAGAAGCGGGAUGGCCGCAAGGUGCGGAGGGCGGCCAAGAGCGAGAUAGGCAUCCUCAAGAUGGUGAAGCAUCCCAACAUCCUCCAGCUGGUGGACGUGUUUGUGACCCGCAAGGAGUACUUCAUCUUCCUGGAGCUGGCCACGGGGAGGGAGGUGUUUGACUGGAUCCUGGACCAGGGCUACUACUCGGAGCGAGACACGAGCAACGUGGUGCGGCAGGUCCUGGAGGCCGUGGCCUACCUGCACUCACUCAAGAUCGUGCACAGGAACCUCAAGCUGGAGAACCUGGUUUACUAUAAUCGGCUGAAGAAUUCAAAGAUCGUCAUCAGCGACUUCCACCUGGCUAAGCUGGAGAACGGCCUCAUCAAAGAGCCCUGUGGGACCCCCGAGUACCUGGCCCCGGAGGUGGUAGGCCGGCAGCGGUAUGGACGCCCUGUGGACUGCUGGGCCAUUGGAGUCAUCAUGUACAUCCUGCUUUCAGGGAACCCGCCUUUCUAUGAAGAGGUGGAGGAGGAUGACUAUGAGAACCAUGAUAAGAAUCUGUUCCGCAAGAUCCUGGCUGGUGACUAUGAAUUUGACUCUCCGUACUGGGAUGACAUCUCUCAGGCCGCCAAGGACCUGGUCACAAGGCUGAUGGAGGUAGAGCAAGACCAGCGGAUCACAGCAGAAGAGGCGAUCUCCCACGAGUGGAUUUCUGGAAAUGCUGCUUCUGAUAAGAACAUCAAAGACGGUGUCUGUGCCCAGAUUGAAAAGAACUUUGCCAGGGCCAAGUGGAAGAAGGCUGUCCGAGUGACCACCCUCAUGAAACGACUGCGGGCGCCCGAGCAGUCUGCCCCGGGCACAGACACUGCUGCCCCCGGGGCUGCAGGUGGGGCCACAGCUGCAAGUGGAGCUGCCCCCGCCCCUGGGGGCAGUGCCACCGUGGCCACAGUGGGUGAUGCUGCAAAGAGCAAAAAUGUAGCCCCUGCAGACCGUAGCGCCACCCCAGCCACAGAUGGCAGUGCCACCCCUGCCACAGAUGGCAGUGUAACCCCCGCCACCGAUGGGAGCAUCACCCCUGCCACGGAUGGCAGUGUCACCCCAGCCACUGAUAGGAGUGUUACUCCAGCUACUGAUGGGAGAGCCACUCCAGCCACAGAAGAGAGCACCGUGCCCACCACCCAAAGCAGUGCCACCCCGGCCACCAAGGCAGCCACCACUGAGCCAGCUUUGGCGCAGCUGGACAGCACAGCCCCAGGGGGCGCCACAGGCCAGGCUCCACCCUCUAGUAAAGGGGAAGAGGCUGCUGGCUAUGCCCAGGAGUCUUGGAGGGUGCAGACCAGCUGAGUGGGCAGGCUGGUGGGGGACAGGAUGGGUAGGAGGGUGGGAGAGUGGAUGAGGGGCUUCUCACUGUACAUAGAGUCACUGGCAUGAUGCCCUCACUCCCCCUGCCCCUGCCUCCCAGUGUGGGGCAUGUCGGGGGCCACAGGAGAGCAAUCUUGUCUCCUGUGUGUAUGUGUGUGAGCGGUGGGCAGGCCAGAGGCAAGACAGGCCCCAGCCCCUGCAUGGAUUCCUCGUGGCUUUUCUGUCUUUUGCUAGCUUCCCCAGUUUCUGUUCCUGGUGGGAUGCUGCUCUAGGGGUGCUCAGGAGGCCCCGGCUCCCCUUCCCCUUUCCUUCUUGCACCAUUCCCCCAGACAGGUCCCUCCUCUCCCAGGCCCUAACUUGGGUGGCCUUGCCCUGAGAGCUGGUCCUCCAGCGAGGCCCUGUCAGCGGUGUUAGGCUCCUGCACAAGAAGGUAUGUGCUUGGGGUAUGUGGGCUGCCCGAGGAGCGGACACGGCCUGGGACAGAGACUGCGGAAAUCCAGGGCUGUGCGCUUAAGACAAGAUUGGUCGCGUGGCUGGGGGCACUGCUGGGCAGCUGUGGGGCUCCUCAGAAGGGAGAAAGAAUGAGCAGGAGGGCGGACGCCUCCAUCUGUGCCCUGUGAUGCCCUGCCCAAGAUCCUUGUGCUACUUCCUGCCCUCCUGGGUCCUGCAGGGGUUGCCUGUGCCCUGAGCGGCAAGAGCCUGGCAGGGGCAAGGGGAGAACUGGGAGUGUGGCAGUGAGGACUAGGGGGGCAGGGUGCAGGCCCAGGACCCAGUGCACCCAUCUAACUGGGUCCUCACCCUGGUCCAGGCAGGGAGGGCUGAUACCCCUGGCUCUGCCCAGAUGGUCCAGUCCACAAUCCUCUUCAUCCCAGGGGGCCUGCUGCAUGGCAGUGUCCCAGUCUGAUUUGAGGGUUUGCCCUUCACAAGGGCAGAAUUCUACCCUCCCAAUUUAAUAGCAAAAUAGAGAGGAACCCCACUGUAUCUAUGACCCACUUCCUCUCCCAUCAGGGCUUAGGAAGGUGCCUAGGUGCCUCUGAGCCAUGCGGAGUCGCUCUUGCUGGUAUGAGGAAGUGGAGUAAGGCUCCCAUUUCCUGAUGGAGGCUCCUGGCAGGUGCCCUCUGCCAGACCCCACCACAGCCUGGGCAGGCAGCCACACGGGUCCCGGCCCUUGCCUGGCACUCGGUGGCAGCCCUGCCCAACUCCCUGCAUGCCUGUGGGUCUGCUCUGGUGUAUGAAGGUUGGUAGGCUGCGUGCCUGCUGAACCUGGCAAAUAAAUGUCACCCUGCCAAA